UUCCCCUUUCUCACCGCCUUUUUUCUCUUUUAAUUAAUUAAUUAACUGCGCCUCUCUACCUUACCUUUUUUGUUUGAUUCUAUUUUAUAAAGCUCUCUCUGUGACAUAUUAGACCAGGAUGGCUUUCACCGCUUAAAUUGCUUAACCGUUCCAAGAACGAUACCUCGAUUACAACAGAACCCAACCCUUAUUUUUAUAUCUCGAUUAAAUUACAACUAGUAGCCUAACAUGGUCUACCUAUCUUCGUUAAAAUGCAAACCCUACAAGAAACUAAAGACGUACAAGUCUCUGCGAAAACCUCUGCCUUUACCAGCCUGAACAAAAACCUAGUAUUAUAAAUCAUUUGAAAAUGUCUGUUAACCCUACCAUUACCCAAGAAAUUACUGAUAAAAAGAUGGAUCAAAACGUUUUUUCUCAAUUAUAUCAAUCACUCAGCCCUCAAGAUCAACCUGCUCAAGACUCUGUCUUUGACGAGUGGCUCAAGCAAGACUUCUUCUCUCCUGAAUGCAGUGUCAAUUCUUCUCCCGAGAUUGCUACUCCAUUCGAUCAAUUCCUUACUUCUCCUCCAUUCAAUGCCAAGGAUGAAAUUCCACCUCAAUGUGCCAUCGGUUCCUCUGAUCAACCAGUGGAUCUUGAUGUCUCUGCCAUGUUGGACUCACCUCAAGUCUAUCCUGCUGCACCUGUGACACCUUUGCCAGCUCCGAUUGACUCUCAAAUGAUCAAUCUCUUUGCUGACCUUGGCGAUUCUUUCCCUGCUGCCUUGGCUGCCUUGACUGCUGUUGCUAACCCUGUGUCUGUACCUGCUGCAAAGGAAAAGUCCAAGUCUCCUGCUGCUACUAGUGCAUCUACUCCCGUCUUCUCUGCUUCCCCUCGUGCUGGCAAGAAGCGUGCUACAUCGGAUGAUCCUAUGGAUGAAGCAGCCAUUAAGCGACAAAAGAAUACUGACGCCGCUCGUCGUUCUCGUCUUCGUAAGGUUCAAAAAAUGGAAACUCUUGAAAAGAAGGUUGCUGAGCUUGAGAAAAUAAACGCAAGUCUCUUGAUGCGCGUCGCCGUUUUGGAUUCUGAAAAGACAAACUUAAAGGCAAAGGAAUCUUCUUAUGAAAACCGAAUCAAAGUCCUUGAAGGACAAUUAGCAGAAGCUCAUAAAGCUCUUUCUUCUCGUGGAUAAAUUUUUUUGUAUUUAUUUUUUUAGAUUAUUUUUUAAAUUAUUUUUUUUUUAGAAUAAAAAUUUUACUGAUAACGAUUAUCUUUAAUGAAUUUGUAAGCGUGUGUUGUACAAUUUAAAAUGAAAUGAUUGGACAUGGAUGAUGCCAUUGACAGCGAAUGCAAUUUUUUUUUUUUUUUUAAAAAAAG